AUGUGUGUGUGUGUGUGUAUGCAUGCUGAUGGUGGAUGAAUCUAGCGAUAAUCUUUUGAUGAUAUGAAUCGAUGUAUGUAGCAGUAUCUGAUCUUUCUUGGGCAACUUUACCAGUCAUGAGUGUGGCGAAUCCUGCCUUCCUAGCAGGGAUGGCCCAGAUAUAGAAGCCCUCCCUCUCCCUCUUCUACCAGUCCUGAGUGUUCUUGGUUGGGUUUUUUGUUGUCUUGGGUGUUGUGGGGUUGGGUGCCAACUACCGUAGGGGAUGUGGGUUGCCCCAGUUUCAUCAUUCUCAGGACAUAUCUAGUUGGAUCCUGAUGUGUUAUUUGGUUAAUUUUUUUUAUACGAUCUGCAUCAUUCAGCUCUAGAUUUCAUCGCAAUGGCUUUGUUUGCUGUAAUUGUGCUUUGAAGACAGAUUAACUGAAACUCAACGCAUAGUGAUUUAGAACAAGUCAACGCUGACUUGUACAGGUUUAUGCCUACAAUUCCGGUGAUUUAUUUGCUCCUUCGGAGGAGAGUUUCUUAUAUGCAUCCUGGUGGACCUCACCAAACGCUGGAUCUGUGAACCAUGAAAGCGAGCCAAUUUCUUGUGAAAGACGGCCAUAAUCACGAUUUCAAGUGGUAUUUAAGAUUGAAACGUGGAUCUCAUGUUGACUUUGCCGCAAUAGUUCCAUGAUUCUGAACAGACGUCACCCAUGCUGUUGCACUGUUCACCAUCGUAUUCCCUGGAAAGCAUAAAAAAACUUGCAGAUUUGUAUCACAUCUGGCAGAGAUUCCAAUUUCUUCCGGUUUUUUGUAUUUUUAAAAUAUUAAAUCAGAAAGGUACUUGCGCGGGGUAUGAUGGUCAACGACUCGGCAUCUUUUCUUUUAUUGAUUUCCAUUCCUUGAGAUCGGAUGAAUGGUUAACGGUGGUGGUGAUUUUCAUCAUAUUUUCUUGUUGCUUCCCCUGAGUAGCGCUGUUCCUGCUGUAGGCCAUCGCCCGAUCAGAAACCAAACGAACACUGCGACGAUGGCAUCAGUUUGCAAAAUGAAAAGUCAAACUCAACUAGAUAUGGUAAUUCUGCUUCCUCCCCCCCUUAGUUUCAGUUCAUCAGACUUCCACAAAUAGUAGUAUCAUGCUUGCAGCUUAAGAAAUUGUGAGCUCGAGCGGAAGAACGGUUUAUGGCUGGUACUGAGGAAUUUAAUAAUUUUUGACCAGGUUGCUUAUGAGCUCAAACGGGUUUCCUCGAAGAAACCCAGUGGGGCAUCGAUCAGAACGCUGAUAGACGAAGAAAUGUCGAAAGGCAUGCGCUCCGGGAGGCAUUCACCCGGUGUGAUUGCGAAACUGAUGGGUCUCGAUGCUCUACCAGCCCAGCAGCUCUGUUUCAUGCAGGAUCCAUCGGCUCGCUGCUGUGAAAGACCGUCAGAAGCGUUGGCCGAGAGGCGGUCGCGCCAUCAGCAGGAGGAGGAAGAGUUUAAGGACGUUUAUGAAGUUCUAGAGGCAGAUGUGGCCGAGGGGACCAGUAGCAGACCCAUCCGUAAGGGAUCAUCAAAACCGAGGCGGAGAGAUGAGGAGAUGAAUUGCACGAGGCAGAAGUCAACGGAAGGAAACAGGCUGCAAAGCUCCAGGCAAUUUUCUGAGACUCUGGACGCCCUUCAAUCCAACAAGGAUCUCUUCUUGAAGCUCCUUCAGGAGCCCAGUUCUUUAUUCGUCAGGCACCUGGAAGAGUAUCAGUCAACCUCGGCCUCCUCUGAAGCAAGCCAGAUCGUCGUUCUCAAGUCGUCUAACCUCAGAGAACACGAUAAUGGCGGCGGCCAUUGGGAGUCUGAUGGAAAAAUGGACCGAAGCAUUCGCAUCAGAGAGCGUGCUCUCAGUAAAUACGAGGACGAUCUCGUCAGUCACUGCAUAAAGGAGCACAGCCUUUCUGUUUCGAGGAAAAAAUGCAGUCUUGGAGCUGAGAGGCGCCCCACCCGGAUCGUCGUUCUGAAGCCGAGCCUGGACGACGUUCUGGAGGCUACAGGGCAAAAGUCAGCGGCUGGUCACUCUGGUUAUGCCAGACGCAGGGAGUCGAGGAGAUUUGGGGACUGGGAGAUGCUGUCUGAAAUGAAAGAACGGAAGAAGCUCUCCGGCGAGAUGCUGGCGACAAAUAGAACCAGAGGCUCGAGGGGAAUCGCCAGAGAAAUCACGGACCAUAUGGAAUCAUUUGGCUCGGGACAUGGUAGAUCUCUCCCUGGGCGGCGUGAGAACUCCUGUGGGUCAUCCAGGAGAUCUCACCGCCUAGAUAAGACCUGCGACUCGUCAACAUUCAAGUCUUCAGUCAGCAAGGAGGCCCGGAAACGCCUGUCGGAGAGGUGGAAGACGACCCACGAGUUGCAGGAUGCUGGAGCUCCUGGUAGAUGCUCGAGCACCCUGGGUGAGAUGCUUGCCCUGUCCGAGAGAGAGGUUCCGGAGAUGCCUCUCAGAUCGCUCUCCUGCCUGGAAUACUCCUGCGACAUGGUAUCAAGGGAGGAGAUCCUCGCCAGAUGGGGCAGCCCAUUGGGUAUCACCAGUGGGAGGUCCCGCAGAGAUGAAUUCUCCUGCAGAUCGCCAUCCAAAUUCAUCCCCGAGUCAGCUUUGACGCAUGGGAGGUCGAGUUCAUAUGAUUUCACCAGUCACAGUGGCAGCAGCGCUUUGGUCAACGACGACACCAGUCUUGACUCCCUGAAAUCCUCGGAGGGAAGCUUGUUCAGCCAGAGACUGAGCCCGCCUUGCAGAGCUGAAAAGAAGCGGCUCCUGAGGGAAAGCUACGGAGAUCGCCAUGAUUUCCAGAGCACCCCUGAUUUAGUUGACUUGCCUGAGGAGAAAACCAUGGUCGCUGACCCUGAUGCCAGCGCCGGAUGCGAUGCAAGUUACCCAGUUGACUUUGUGCCGGCUGUGUGCACCGAGCUCAAAGAGCUCCCUUGUGUGACCGACGAUCUCAUGCCAGCACAUCCGUUUGACUCUACUCCGCCGAGAACUGAAGGUCGCCUGAAAUCAUACGUCACAGAGGUUUGACUUUAUCGCCUCUCACGUUCUAUGAUAGAUUUAGACUAAUCUGAUGCUGCUCUUUUUAUUGCUCUCCUAAUCGGAUAAUUGCUUAUCUCAGGAAGUAGCAUCAUCUGAUGAGUGCCGAACGGAGGGCCUUCCGCCUCUGCCCAUCGCCAAGGGACAAGAAUUCUCUUCAGCUCUUGAAGUAACCGAGCAUCCCAGCCCCGUCUCUGUACUUGAGCCGCCUGAUGAGAGCGAAUCCAGCUUGGAUCGCUUAGAAAGGGUCAAAGGGGAUCUUCAAGGUCAGCUCCUGAAACCGUCGCCAAUUAUCCCAAAGAGAUGGGGCUUCUGCUUCCAUUUCUCACACUCCUCUCUCUCUCUCUCUCUCUCUCUCUCUCUCUCUCCCUCUCUCUCUCUACAGAAUUCCGGCCACAGCAUCAACUUCCGACGUCAGUGUCUGAAGAUGCUGAAGCCGAAGGGAUCCGACUGACGUUCGAGAAUGAAGACAACAUGGAGUUUUGCUACCUGCUCGACAUUCUUAUAGACUCUGGUUUAUACAAGGCCGACGGGGACAUGCUCUUCUGCGCGUGCUUCUCGCCGGAAUCCCCCGUUGACCCGGACGUGUUCGAGAAUCUGGAGAGCAUCUACAACCAGGUGGCAUGGCCAGGAAUGGACCGGAAGCUGAUCUUUGACCUCAUAAACUCCAUACUUGCAGAGAUCCUGGCCUUCACCUGGGUCGGAGCUGGAAGACUCCGCCCCUCAGGCUGCCGCAAGCUCCUGAUCGAAGAGGUCUGGGAGUCGUUGCUCAAGUCAACGGUCUACGAUGCCUGUGCUUCUCAAGGGAAGGACGUUGAGGAGUUGACCUGGCGGGGCUGUGGAGCUGACUUUGAUGGGGUGGGGAGGGAGAUUGAGAGGAUGCUGAAUGACGAUCUCCUGGAAGAACUGGCCACCGAGGUCAGCUCCAUUUAG